AUGAAGUCAAGCAAAUCGAAGCGAGCACCUCUUACACAUUUCCUUUGCAUUCCAUUGAUCACAGCCAAUUCUCGUCCGCAACUGCAAAAGUCACUUGAGUGCUUCAAGGCACGAGUGGGAGCAAGCAGCUCAAAUAUUCACCGCAACGAAGCCGACGAUGAUAAUACUGUUACAAUUCCUGAAUCCGCAAUUCGCCCAGUGGAUAGUCUACAUUUGACUGUGGGAGUGAUGAGCCUUGACGGACAGAAAAUCGACGCUGCUGUUUCUCUUCUAAGAACGCUCACAUUGGACCUCUCUACUACUAAACGUGUGGAUCCGAUUGUGGUGGAUCUGACCGGCCUGGCAUCUAUGCAUGAUCCUCGUAACACAUCGGUCUUGUACUGCGCUCCCAACGACACCACUUCACGAUUACAGUGCCUUGCCUUAUCAGCACAACGGGCUUUUCGCGACAGUGGAUUCCUGAUUGCUGAUGACAGACCGCUAAAGCUCCACGCUACCAUUGUCAACACCAUAUAUGUGAAGGGAAAGAUGCGACAGACGAAUCCGUUCGCAAGUACGACCGAGCCGUUCGGCCCAGCACAAACGGCGGAUUUGGGACAGGGUCGGCACACCAAUGAUUCUGGAAAACUAGACGCGCGUGGCAUAUUAGAGAAAUUCAACGACUUUGUCUGGGCGAAGGAUGUAGUCGUUGAUCGUCUGGCGAUCUGCGAGAUGGGUGUGAAGAAGAUCUUUGAUGAUCAAGGCAUCAUUGUGAGAGAAGAAUACGCCGAAGUUGUGGCAGUAUCCCUGCUGCCACGUUGA